AUGGCCACGCAGACGAAUCAGACUGACAUCGCUCCUCAAAUCUCUGACAAUGAGGUGGAGAAGCAAGUGAAUGAAGGAGAGGUCGCUCCCGAAGUCAAGGAAGACAAUACCCCCGAGCUCAAAGGAGAUGAUAAGCCUCAAGCCGAUCAACCCGACAACUCUAACGCGCCGGAUGCCAAGAAUGAUACGUCUAAUGAGCUCAAUAACAACGAUAAAACCGAAGAAGUUAAUGACAAGAUGAAUGAUGAAGAAAAGAAGGAUACGGAGAAGUCGGAGGAAGUAUGUGUUGAGAAAUCAGUUGACAACAAUCAGUCACCAACUCAAGAGAAGACCUCUGAGAAUUCAACGAUUGAGGACUCCAACGCAACCGAAAAGGUUGAGGCGAUCUCGGAGAUCCAAGAACAAGGUGCUGAAGAGGAUAAGGAAAAGGAAGAAGGCUUCAAAGCAGAAGAAAUGCAGAAGUCAGGACAAGCCACUCCAAACAAGAACAACUCUCCGAAAAAGAGAAAAUGCGAGGAGGUCGACAAUUCGUCUGACCAGCCGCCAGCAAAGGUGGAGAAGUGCUGA